AUGUCUCAUCUCGCAAAACGUCAAAAACUCAACAACGACUCACAUAAACCGACGGGAGACCGAACUACAACCGAUGUGAGUGAAUCUUUCCCGCACCCACCCCCAUAUGAAGAACAUUCCCCAACAAAAUGCUCGAAGGAGCUGGCUGUCAGGGCGUCAAUUACUGGCUGGACAGACGAUUUAUAUACACCAGGAAAAUAUCCGUUUAAAAUCAAUCUACCGCCGGUCGGACGAGCAGUACGAGUGUACUGUGAUGGAAUAUAUGAUUGUUUCCAUGUCGGACACGCAAAGUCUUUAGAACAAGCUAAAAAGGCCUUUCCGGACGUCUACCUGUUGGUUGGCGUUUGCGACGAUGCAACCACUCAUUCUCGCAAAGGUAAAACAGUCCUCACCGAAGACGAAAGAGUAGAAUCCGUGCGACAUUGUAAAUGGGUGGACGAAGUCAUUCCUAAUGCCCCUUGGGUCAUAGGAGAGGAUUUUCUUGAGAGGCAUCAAAUCGACUUUGUCGCCCACGACGAUAUUCCAUAUGCGUCAAGCGAUCAGAUGGACGUGUACGCUUUUGUAAAGGCACAAGGAAAGUUUCUUCCAACUAAAAGAACGGAAGGAAUAUCAACUUCGGAGUUAAUCACCCGCAUUGUAAAAGACUACGAUCAAUAUGUUAGAAGGAAUCUCGAGAGAGGGUUUACCCCUAAGGAGUUGAAUAUUGGGUUCUUAAAGGAGCAAGAGCUCAAUAUGAAGAAAUCAUUAUCAGAUAUUCACAAGAAUUGGCAUGGAGUGAAGGAGGAUCUGUCGGGGUUAAGGAGUGAUCUUAAACAAACAUUCGCCGUAUGGGAAGAGAGAAGUCAGGAGUAUGUUCGUGGGUUUGCUGGGCUCUUUGGGGCAGACUCUGUAUUGGAUAAAUUAUUGGGACGUCUUUCGCCGAGAAGACCAACUCAAGAUGGCAAUGUUAGUAACGGCGGUAAUACUAGUGAUAGCAAAGACAGCGAAGACUCGCAACCAACGUCCCCGGUUGAAGAUCAGGAUUCGAUAGAACAAGGGACAUGGCGUUCGCGGAAAUCUUCCGUCAAACGCGUAUUUGGUUUAUUGAGGCGCGACUCAUCCCCUUCGUAG